GUUUUUUUGUUUUUUUUUUUAAGAGACUUAAAAAAGACCAAUGGCUUACCAACAACGUGAUGAGUAAUAGCCAAAUGCCAUAUAGGCGGAAACAAGCUGGCUGUUGAGCGAUUGUUAGAAAUUUUAAUAUUCAAUAAUUUUAUGACAGGUCGGAACACUUGUCACUUCACUUAAAAUGUUUUCAAAAGAAGAAACACUAAGUAAGGAAGAUCCAAGUUCGAGCUUAACCGAAAAUUUGAUACUCACGAAAGGAAAAGUGAUUGACGGGAUAUUUUAAUUAAAACAGGAAGUAUUACAUCCCUUAUUUACAAUCUUUUGGAAUUUCAUAAAGAUUUCUUACAUAUUGACCGAAAGAUGCUUUAUACCGCAUCAACCGGAAGUUCUUCUAUUAUGCUUAUAUUAAGUAUUUGGGGUUGAGGGAAGUAUUUACCCGAUUUUACCCAUUUUUGGCACAAGGGCAUAAGUUAUUACAAAAAAUAUCUACCUGCAUUUCAAUACUAGAACUCACAGAUUGACCAAUAUGUUCGGUACAAAAUCAGACAUAUUUGGGAGUGGCUAGAAGCGAUUCUUGUAUAUAUGGCUCAAGCAGCUCACGAGUACUGGCAUUCACACCGGUGGAUUAACGUCUGACGACAAUUCUCAUCAAAGCGAAGUUUUUUUUGGGCCCACGCGCCAAUGGAAGACGUGCUUGGCGAGUUUAACGCCAGGGUGGGCAAAGAAGGUAUCUUUGGCACUACGUUCGGUAAAUUCAGCCUCCACGAGGAAACAUCCCCAAAUGGGUUGAGACUGAUCGACUUCGCCGGGGCCCGAAAUAUGGUUAUCUGCAGUACUAGAUUCCAGCAUAAGAAGAUACAUCAAGCUACCUGGCUGUCUCCGGAUCGAAAAACCACCAACCAGAUCGAUCAUGUUGUGAUAGACGGAAGACACGUCUCCAGUGUUUUAGAUGUGCUCCGAGGUCCUAACAUUGACUCGAACCACUAUCUUGUUGAAGCCAAGAUACACCCGCCUCUGUGAAGCAAAAAAUCCACGUCAACAAACACAAGGAAGGUUCGACGUGGAGAAGCUGCAAUCACAACAGACAUCCGAACGAUUUUCUACUCAAUUUGAACUCCUGCUCUCUGAGAGCAAUCGUCAGCAACUCGGUAUAAGGGAACUGUGGGACUGCAAUUGAAGCUCCUUACGUACAGUUGCAACCGAAACCAUUGGGUUCGGAAAAAGCUAAAGAACAGCUGGUUCGACGAGUGGUGCGGUGUCGCAGCGGAGAGAAAGCAGACUGCUUACCUCGCAACGUUACGAUCGAGCACAACACACGCGGGAUAGAUACAGAGAGUUGAAGAGGGAAGCGAGACGCAUAUGCAGAAAGAAAAAGGGUAACGGUCGAAAAUUCUACGAAAAUAUGCGGCGGCUUACAGAACCGAUGCCCAGAGCAUACUUAAAUUAUGGAGGGAACACUUCUCCAGCCUGCUGAAUGGCAGUGAACAUACAACGCCAGGAGAAGGCGAACCCGAUUCCCCAAUCGAAGACGAUGGAGCAGACGUUCCAUUGCCCGUCCAUGCAGAAGUUCGAAUAGCAAUUACCCGCCUGAAGAACAACAAAGCGGCCGGGCCGAUGGAUUGCCGACCGAGCUAUUCAAACACGGCGGCGAAGAACUGAUAAGGAGAAUGCAUCAGCUUCUUUGAAAAGUAUGGUCGGACGAAAGCAUGCCCAACGGUUGGAAUUUAAGUGUGCUAUGCCCAAUCCAUAAAAAGGCAGACCCCACAAUCUGCGCCAACUACCGUGGGAUAAGCAUCCUCAACAUCGCGUAUAAGGUUCUAUCGAGCGUAUUGUGUGAAAGAUUAAAGCCCACCGUCAACAAACUGAUUGGACCUUAUCAGUGUGGCUUUAGACCUGGCAAAUCAACCGACUAGAUAUUCACCAUCUACAAAGGUAGAAGAGAAAGUAGAAGAACAACGAACUUCAUCAAGUGCAGACACGAACAUGCUGUUAGUGGCUAUUAAGCAAAUAAUAGCUGAAAAUACAUCACAAAUAGCAGAAAAUGCAGUGCAAACAGAAAAUCGUCUGAUACAGCAAAUAGCAGAAAAUGCAGUGCAAACAGAAAAUCGUCUGGCACAGCAAAUAGCUGAAAAUAUAUCACGAAUAACAGAAAAUGUAGUGCAAACAGAAAAUCGUCUGGCACAGCAAAUGACGCAAAUAGCUGAAAAUACAUCACAGAUAGAAUCUCGCCUUACACAACAGAUUACAGAGAAUAAUACACAAGUGCAAGAGAAAUUUUCAAAAUUUGAAGACGAAUUAAGCACUUUAAAAAAUGACGAAGAAAAUUUAAAAGCAGAAGUUCUUCAAUUAAGUAAUCGUGUGCGAGAACUGCAACUGCAUGGCCCUGCUCCAUCAACAAAUAAUCAAAGAUUGAAGGCACCCACAUUCGAUGGAAGUAUUCCAUUUCAAAUUUUCAAACUUCAGUUUGAAAAGACAGCAAUGGCCAAUAACUGGAAUGCAGCGGACAAAGUAGCGUCCUUGUUUGUAUCAUUGAAAGGACCUGCGGCAGAAAUCCUUCAGACUAUUCCAGACUGUGAACGGGACAACUAUGAGGCAUUGAUGAGUGCGAUAGAAAGACGAUAUGGCAGUGAGCACCGGAAACAAAUAUACCAGAUCGAACUGCAAAAUAGGGGUCAGAAGAUGAACGAGUCAUUGCAAGAGUUUGCAACUGAAAUAGAACGACUGGCUCAUUUGGCAAAUGCAGAUGCACCUGUGGAUUACAUUGAGAGGGUAAAAAUUCAAUGUUUCAUAAAUGGAAUUCGUGAUGUGGACACCAAACGCGCCACAUAUGCAUUGCCGAAAAGAACGUUUGCUGAAACGGUUUCGCACGCCCUCACACAGGAAACAGCUUCCCUACUAAGUAAACCAGCACUCAAAGUACAAAGAGUUGAAACGGAACAACCAGCGCUGAUGGAAGAAAUAUUGAAGACUCUGAAGACAAUUGCUGCACAGCGAGUAAAUACAACAGGCAGAUGUUUCAACUGUGGAAAAGCGGGUCACUUUGCCCGUAAUUGCAAUAUAAAGGUAAACCCAUCAAAACGGAAUCAACCAACAGAACACCGAAAGAGGAUUCACCACAAAAAUGCGGAUGCAUUAUCGCGUCGCCCUUGUCCACUGGAAUGUAAACAUUGCUCCAAAUCAGAAGGAAAAGAAGGUAUAAUCGACGUGCGAUUACUGAAUAUAGAACCUGAGGAUGAUUGGACUCCUCACCGCAUCAGAAUCAAUCAGCUGGAGGACCCUGAUCUUGCAAAGCUGAUAAUAGCCAAAGAAAAUGGGGUACGACCACCAAAGGAACAAAUAAGUAGCGAGAGUCCAACGGCAAAAGCAUAUUGGGCCCAAUGGAACAGCAUAAACCUCGUUAAUGGAUACCUUCAUCGUACCUGGGAAAGCGAAGAUGCCAAACAGUCUCGUCUGCUGAUCAUAGUACCGAAGUCCAUGAUUCCGAAAGUAUUGAAAGAAUAUCACAAUGGACCUAGUGGAGGGCACCUUGGAAUUACAAAAACUAUAGAGAAGAUUAAACAACGGUUCUACUGGAUCGGUUGUCGAGAUUCCAUAGCAAAAUGGAUAAGUAAUUGCGUAGAGUGCAUGGCAGCUAAAGGUCCUAAAGCCAAAAGUCGCGGUAGGCUACAACAGUACAACGUGGGAUCACCAUUUGAACGAGUCGCAAUGGAUGUUGCAGGUCCGUUCCCAACCAGUACGGCCGGAAACAAAUAUCUACUGGUUGUCAUGGAUUAUUUCAGUAAAUGGUCAGAAGUAUAUGCCUUACCAAACCAAGAAGCGAAGACAGUAGUCGAAGCGUUUGUAGAAAAUUGGAUAACAAGGUUCGUAGUGCCCGUCGAAUUACACUCAGAUCAGAAGUCUGUACAUUAUUGGGCAUCCACAAGACACGGACAACAGCGUUACAUCCACAAUCAGAUGGAAUGGUGGAGAGAUUCAACCGAACGCUCGAAGAACAUCUGCGGAAAAUCGUUGAUAAAGAUCAACGGAAUUGGGACAAGUGCAUCCAGAUGUUCCUGCUGGCGUAUCGUUCAGCGAAGCACGAGACAACUGGUUACACGCCAGCAAAGAUUAUUUUCGGAUCUGAUCUGCGACUCCCUGCUGAUCUUAAGUUUGGAACGAAUCCUACAGCUGUAAGAAAUGAUGGAGAUUAUUGCUCUGCCUUAAAGGAAAAAAUGAAUGAAUUGCAUCUAAUGGUAAGACAGCACACGCAUCUGAUGCGCAAUAAGAUGAAGGACCGGUUCGAUCAAGCAGCAAAUUCAAAAGGUUUUGAAGAAGGUGAUCUGGUCCUGUUAUACAAUCCACUUCGAAAGAAAGGCUUGUCCCCAAAAUUGCAGACAGCCUGGGAAGGACCCUAUAUGGUGAUGAAACGACUUAAUGACGCGGUAUACCGCAUACAAAGAAAUGGAAAAGCACGAUGUAAAAUGAAAGUAGUACAUUUGGAGAGGCUCGCCCCAUUUGGUUCAAGAGGAUUUGUGCCUAAUCGGGACGAUUAGGCUUAAGUGGAGGACAGUGUUACAAAAGUAGUAUUAAGUUGUAUUUGCUUUACUAUAUGCAUCCCUUAUUAUGAACAAUAGCUGUAUGUAUAUGGAAUGGCAUUACGUGUGUUUGUCUUGUUGUAGACAUCUGGCGACACGGCUGUCUGCUUGUCUAAACAAUAGUUGCAUCUGGCGCCGUAUGGCACUAUGUUCUUAUAAUUGCCAGACGCAAUAUUCUGGAACAGUGUUGUCCAAGGACACUUCGGCAUCAGCGAGGAGCGCGUGGCUAUAUAAGCCGUGGCAACGUCAACGUAAUCAACCAGUGCUAAGAGU